GCCCGCGGCAGAGGUACAGGUGCCUCCGCCGCGCCGCUGUCGCCUUCCUGCGCGCCGGCCCGGGCUCCAGGCCUUCACGGCCCCCUCCCGCCCCGCACAUGGCCUCCCCAGCGCCCCGCCAAAUGCAGGCCGCCGCUGUCCUCCCCGAGGAGAUCCGUUGGCUCCUGGCAGACGCCGAGGAGUUUCUAGCAGAAGAUUUGAGGAAUGAGAACCUCAGUGCUGUCGCGAGGGACCACAGAGACCACAUUCUUCGGGGCUUUCAGCAAAUCAAAACUAGAUACUACUGGGAUUUGCAGCCCCAAGGGGGAGACCAGGCUGAAAACUGCCUGGGACAGGACAGCCCCGAUGACGAUUACAGCGGCGGAACCCACGGCCCCUCUCUCACACCAGAUGCGCCGUUUCCGUCAGAUUACCAGGAUGAGGGAAUGGAAGACAUCAUAAGAGGAGCUCAAGAGCUUGACAACGUCAUCAAGCAAGGAUACCUGGAGAAGAAAAGUAAAGAUCAUAGUUUCUUUGGAUCGGAGUGGCAGAAGAGAUGGUGUGUUGUCAGCAGAGGCCUCUUCUACUACUAUGCUAAUGAGAAAAGCAAGCAGCCCAAAGGGACCUUUCCCAUUAAGGGCUACAGCAUCCGGAUGGCCCCCUACCUGCGGAAAGAUUCCAAGAAAGAAUCCUGCUUUGAACUGACCUCCCAGGAUAGACGCAGCUAUGAGUUUACAGCUAUUAAUCCCGCUGAAGCCAGAGACUGGGUGGAUCAAAUAAGUUUCUUAUUAAAGGAUCUGAGUUCCUUAACCAUUCCAUAUGAAGAGGAAGAAGAGGAGGAAGAAGAGGAGGAGAUGUACGACGAUAUCGAUGAUCUUGACUCCCAACAUUCUGGUUCCCAGCGCAGACCCAUUACCUUGCCCGGGAGCAUGGGGCUAAAGCAGGCCUCAGAGGAGAAAGAAGAAGAAGAUAUUUAUGAAGUCUUACCAGAUGACGAGCUCGACCUGGAGGAGGAGGAGGGUGGCGCCGGACCCAAAGGAGUGGACUAUGCCAGUUACUACCAGGGCCUAUGGGAUUGCUACGGCGAGCAGCCAGAUGAACUGUCCUUCCAGCGGGGCGACCUCAUCCGCAUCCUGAGCAAGGAGUACAACAUGUACGGCUGGUGGGUAGGAGAACUGCACAGCCUUGUCGGGAUCGUUCCGAAGGAGUACCUCACAACUGCCUUUGAAGUGGAAGAAAGAUGAAGCCCAGGACACACCUCUCCACCCUGCCUUUCUGAGAAAACUGAUCAUCAAGAGCUCCCACUUUCUACCCCUGCCACCCACCACCACCACUGCAGGCUCCUUACUGAAGAGACACACUCACUGACCCGUUUCCCUAGCAACCGUAAACACCAGCCAGACAAAUGGGAAGAGGCGCAUUCCGCAUACCUGGUACUAAACCUGCCUCGUCAUAGCUCGUUGCUUCUCUAAACACGUCCACACAGCCACUUCUGCGGUCUCCACAGGCUUGUCGCAGAGAAGGCGACAGAGAAGGAAGUCUUUGGAGAAGGGAGCUUCUGGGUGUUUCGACUGGUUUUAAAAGCACAAAUAAAUUCAGAUUU